GCGACACAUCAGUUACACUCAACCAGCAAACACAGCAUCGCUCAGGAAGGAAACCUGCUACUUCAGCCUGAUUAAACUGGACCAACAUGGAGAAAUACCCCCCCAAAUUCAGCACAGUCCUGGUGACACCUGACCCACAUUAUAUACCGGGGUAUGCAGGCUAUUGUCCACAGCUCAAGUACAAUAUGGGGAAGUCUUACGGCCAGCUCACAGGCGAGCUGCUGACCAGUCCUGAGGUGAAACACUCCAGUCGUCUGGUCCUCCACACGGGUCACGACCCCUCCACAGAGUCGGACGCUGGUCUGACACCGAGAGGCAUCCCUGACAGUAACUUGAAGCAGAUGAUACCAGGAUACACAGGUUUCAUUCCAAAAAGUCAGAACUACUUUGCCUGCAGCUACUCUGAAACAUGUCGUAAAGCGAUGUCUGAGUUUUACCAGGACGGGCGUACAAAGGUCCAACGGCGAUCAACAGACCUGCCAGCUGUUGUCAACUACACCAACCAACAGUUUGACAGACCAAGACCCCCCUUGACAGCAAUCUCCAACAAAGUGAUCAACUACAGGCCCUUGAAGUCCUUCACCCCCACUGGGACACCAUACUUCAUGGAUGAUGAUAACCCACACAAGUUCUUUAUCUCAGGUUUUACUGGGCAUGUGCCAAAAUCUCGCUUCCUAAUUGGCAAAGGUUUCCCCAUCACUACCAACCAGGCACUGAUCCAGUUUGGGAAGCAGCAGCGGACUGACCCCACAUCCCGAGGCAGCCCAGGGAGGGAGCACAGCACAAUAACUCCCAUGCCCACUAUCUAUCCAUCAAACAGGGGCGUGGUGCCGUCGUUCACGGGACACAUCCCAGGAUACCAGUUCAUGUAUGGACAUACCUUUGGCCAACUUUCCCAGAAUGCACUGGAAAGGAGCGGCAUCAAGAGGAUCCUUCAGGCAAAGUCAUAAAACCAUCGUGCACGUCAAUAAAAUGAUCAUUACUGGCAAGA